AAAUUACAAAUGCAGUCAUAAAAUCUGACGUCACUUUUGUCUUUUAGCAAAAUCUAAAGAACGGAAUGUAAAGAAAAUAAAAAACUCUCAGAUCAAUAUUGUUUUAAAUAAUCUUGUAUUUUGUGACUAAUUCUUAAACGAGUAAUAAUGGCAGAUCCAAAGUACGAGAACCUUCCUGGAAUUGCCUACGACCAGCCUGAUGUGUAUGAAACAGUUGAUUUGCCGGAAGCUGAUCAACAAGAUCCGUUUGAGGAAGAAGACAAUGAGUGCAUUGAGCAAUUACAUCUCUCUGUUAAGGACUCUUUCAAUAAGUUUAAAGGAAAGUUUCUUACUGGAAAUGUUGACUUCUCAGAUCGAUUAAGCAGAAAAAGUAGAAUAGGAUACAGAUCUGGUGACUGGGAGUUGGCUGCCAUGGACGAAAUAGAGACAGCAAUAGAGAAGUAUAACCGGCUCAAAUGUGAGUUUUCUGAUCUUCUUAAGCAAGUUUCUGAACAGCAGAAAAGCGUCUGUGAAAGUGAGAAGGAUGAACAUUCAAAGUUAGCUGCACAAAUAACAACAACAAAGAAAUUACUAGAAGAACUUAAACUAGAGGAAGGAGAACAAGUAGAUCCUAAAGCUGAGAAACUUAAAGAAUAUUUGUCAAUGAGUGGAAAAAAGAAGAAUGGUGAAUCGGUGACUGCACAUCUGAAACUGAAGCCUGAAGUCAAUUUAGCACAGACAACAAGAAUUGCUCAACUAGAACACAGGCUACAUAAGUUGGAACAAGUAGCUGGUGUAAGAGAUGAAGAAGCAUUCCAAAGGCUUCAGACUGUAACUGGUGAGGCGACUCUAUGUGGCGCUGCAGCGGCGCUAGCAAAUCAAGCGAACCUUUUGCGUCCCGCGGAAGUGGCUGCGGCUGAAGCAAGAGUUACCUCACUUUUGUCUAAUGUGGAGGCUCUUAAAGCAGCCUGUAAGCCACCGGAGCCCGAACUUCAGUCAAAGGUUGAUGAGUUACACAAACUAUUGAAACAAAUAGACGGCAUCUCGCACUCCGAAAUAUUGGAACGAAUGGAGGCUCUUGAAGCUUUACAUAAUCAAGCAAGCAACUUUGGCAAAUCGCUCACAGAGCUGGAAACUCUACAGAGUACCAUAGCGAAUGGUGCCCAAAAUAAUAAACAGCUACUUCAAGGAGUACAAGAAGUUUUUGCACAUAACAUUGACAGUCUGCAAAAGGAAAUCAAGAAACUGGAUGAAAGGAUUGGCAAACUCUCAGCGUGAUGGACAUAGACUAUAAAUUACGAGUUUGAUUUUGUAUUCUAUGCUAUCAAAAUUGUAUAAUUCUAUUUGACAGUUAAUAAUAACACACAUAAUUAUGUUGCAUCUACCUGUAGCUCUAUCACACAUUGUAUUUGGUAUAAAAUAGUUGUUCUUAUGCUUAAAACUAAACAUUUUUAAUUUAUUUUACAUAAAACUUUGUCAAAUAAAAGAUAGAGCUACUCUUAGUUAAGGCAUAUAUAGUUUUGCGAGUUGCAAAUAAAAUAUAUGAAUUUAUGAUUAACAUUUUGCGUUUAGCAAAAUAUGAUUACUUUAUUAUAUUUUUAAAAGUUAUUUAAAAAAAUCAUUCAAUUUUAUAAUACUCUUCAUAAUUCCUGCUUUGUUGAAAUGCAGUAUUCACAAGCUUAACAAUUGCAUAGAAGUCUACUGUUUAAAAUCAUUAGAAUUAAGUUUAGACUGCUUAUUGGAUUAAAUAAUUUAUUUAAAACCAUAUUAUAAAGAAAUUAUUACAUGA